AAAUAAUAUUGAUUAUGGAAUUAAUUAACUUGCCAGUUUAAACUCAUUUAUUAUUCUAUCACAGUAUCACCAAUCUAUUGGAGCAAUGAAUUUUCUUUUGUGGGUAAUUUUUUUGACAGGAGCUUUGGUAAACUGUGAUGAUGGUACAAUAGUUGAAAUACACACUGGAAAAAUUCAGGGUCACAUAUUAAAAAGUGCAAACGGACAUGAUUAUUACGCAUUCCAGGAAAUACCUUUUGCUUCACCUCCGAUUGGAAAAAACAGAUACAGACUACCUCAAGAACCCGAUAGCUGGGACGGUAUUUUAAAGACAACAAAAAAUACAAAAGUCUGCUAUCAGGGCACUAAGUUUACACUUAAUAAAACUGAAGAUUGUUUAUAUUUAAAUGUAUAUACUCCAGUGGUUCCUGGGAGUGAUAAUUCUUUACCAAUUUUGUUCUGGAUACACGGAGGAGGAUUCAACUGGGGAUCUGGUACCUAUGAUGAUUAUGGUCCAAAAUAUCUAAUGGGUCAGGAUAUAAUAGUUGUUUCCACGAACUAUCGUCUUAAUGCCUUUGGAUUCCUCAGUACUGAAGAUGGUGUUAUUCCCGGAAAUCUUGGUAUGAUCGACGUUCAAUUUGCACUGAAAUGGGUACAAAAAAAUAUUCGUCGAUUCGGAGGAAAUCCCAAUCAAGUAAUUAUUGCAGGUGAAAGUUGUGGAUCAAUGGGCGUGAAUAUGCUUCUAAUGGGUCCAUGGAGUGACGGAAUACCUCUCUUCCACGGUGCUAUAAUGGAAAGCAGUUCGCAACUUGGGGGAGUAUUCCAACUUAAUGCAAGAGAAAAUGCAUUUGCUCUUGGUCGAAAAGUAGACAGUUCCUUUUCUUCAAAUGAUUCACAUGACUUAUUAGAAGUUCUACAAAAGGCAUCAACCGAAGAUCUAUACAAUGCAAAACUUAUUAUGGGUACUGUUACCGAAAAAGAAGGAGAUUUUUCUUACUUGGCACUUCAGGCAUAUAUGGAUAAGAAUUUCAAAAAAAUACCUGUGAUGAUUGGAAUUAAUUCUGAAGAGAGAAUUACAUCUGUUAAAAAGAUAGAUAGCACAGCACUGGCUAAAAUGGAUAACGAUCCGAGUUUAUUGAUAUCCCCAUAUAUUCAUAUGUCUCCAGAGAACAGAACAAUUGCUGGAAAUCUCUUAAAAAAAGUAUACACCGAUAAAACUUUUGUUGAAGAUCAUGCCGCUUAUAUUAGAUGGGCUACUGAUAUAGAUUUCUCAACUCCAACUGGAAAGCAAGUGGAAUUAGCUGCAGAUUACGCUCCACACUAUGUAUAUCAAUUUUCAUACUGGGGUAAGAUGGGAGCAAAUUACAAACCUGAAAGUAUGCUGGAAGGAGCUGAAAGAGUGGGACACAUGGAAGAAUUACAUUAUUAUUGGGAAUUUUUAAAUAAUAACGAUUUGAGCCUAUUUCCAGAAGAAGAUCAAAGAACAUUAUGGAGAAUGGUCAGAUUAUGGACAAACUUUGUUAAGUAUCUGAAUCCAACACCAGAAAAAGACGAAUUUCUAUUUAACAUCACUUGGCCAAAGGCUAAACCCGAUACACUGGAAUAUUUGAACAUUAAUAGUACUUUUGAAAUAAGGCAAAACUUGAGGCAGUAUAGAGAAAUUAGUAGUAUUCUUGAUAAAUACAUGGAACCUCCGUAUGAAGCUUACGGUCAUAUCUAAUGUAAUGUUUUUCUAAAAUAAAGAUAUUUUUGUUCCUAUCUUAUUCAAGGAAUUCAACUUUAAUAUAUACCUUUUCUUUUUGUUAGAAAUAAAUCUUUCAGUUAAC